AUGCCCCAAGUGCAACGCGCAAAAACGCAAGCUGUUACGGAUAAUGACAUUGCCAUACACAGUGACAAAAGGUCCACGGUUGUGGUAACAACCACGCUGAAUACAGCUUCAGAGUCCGAGAUGAAGGCUCGCUUCAAAAGAGCCCUGGCUGAGUGCCCUGAAACGGAUGAUCUGUAUUCUGACACGGUGCACGAUGACAUGCGGAUUGGAAACAAGUCGAAAAUCGCUGAAAUGGAAUCGGCUAUGGCCGAGCACGAGCGAGAGAGCGACACCACCCUUCGAAAACACCAAGAGUGGCUUUAUGAUCUCCACAACGCGGUCAAUCGGCUCGGACAACAGAACCAUACAUUCAUUUCAGCAUUCCGGGGGAACAUUUUUAAGACCGCGUCCAGCGAAGACAGGGUUCUUAUCGGCCAAGGAAAUAUAGCAGCCCACGAUGGGAACAUUCAAGCUGAUGCUGCAUACGACGGUGAUCUUCUACGUCAGAUCUGGCCAGCUCAUCUUUUGGGCCACCCCUGCGAACAUGAACGCUUGAUGGGCACCAAGUGUGAUCAGCUGUUUAUCUGCAAGUAUGUCAGGAACUAUACCUGUCAAGGGCCCACGUGUCGUUAUCUCCAUGGGAUUCCAACUUGCAUUGAUCUACUUCCUGGUUAUGAAUGCGACGGUUGCGACCGAGCCCAUGAUUACCCGGAUACCAGAGUGGUUGAUAUGGAAGAUAUGAAUACCCACAUAACAGGUGUUGACAACUAG